AUAAAACAUAGUACACAGUGGAUGAUGUCACCUCCUCUUAUUUAACGCAACGUUAGCACAGCAGCACAACAGUCCCAUCAGGCUUGAUGAAGAGCUGCACGUUCGAAAACCGCGAGGCGCCUUCGGCUGUAUGCGGUUGACACAAACAAAUAAAAAAAUUGUCACAUGAUUGUGCGGAAGUACGAGCAAUCUUAACAAGAUGGCAUCACACCAGGGAGAAGGCGACCAAGGAAAUUCUAAAGAUCAGAUACUGGAAGUAGGAGCUGUUUUGUUGAAAGAUUUCAUAUAUGAGCGGGUUCAGCGUCAUGGAGACAGCAGAACCACAGUGACCAGGGCACAGCUGGGUGGAGGAGAGCUGUGUGACCCAAACCACAAGAAGCUUGCCAUGUGCCUGCAGCAGAUAGGAGAUGAGCUGGAUGGCAAUGUAGAGCUCCAGAGGAUGAUAAACAACUCGGCACUCAGUCCCACAAAAGAUGUGUUUAUGAAAGUUGCCCUUGAGAUCUUCUCAGACGGGAAGUUCAACUGGGGCAGAGUGGUGGCGCUGUUCUACUUUGCCUGCCGACUCGUCAUCAAAGCUCUUUUGACCCAAGUUCCUGACAUCAUCAGAACAAUUAUCAGCUGGACCAUGGACUAUCUCCGGGAACAUUUGAUCAACUGGAUCAGGGAGCAAGGUGGCUGGGAGGGUAUUCGUUCCCACUUUGGCACACCCACAUGGCAGACGGUGGGUGUUUUCUUGGCCGGUGUUCUCACCACUGUUAUUGUCAUUCGCAAGUUGUGAGAGGUUUGUGAAGAGCAGACACAUCAAAGAUUGGAGGAGCUACGCCUGAGGGAAACUUGAACAAGAGCAACUGAUAUAAGUGCACCGUGAAGGAGCUGAAAACAUGUAUUUGGACACAAGGAGCCACUCUUUGUUUUUGCCUCCCUUUCACUCUCAAAGACUGGGAGUUGGACUGAAUGCGCUAACGUCGUACCCAUGAUCCCUUUGCCAGAGAGGAAGUGAGCGGUGCAUGAUAACAUGCAAUCUGGUGGUGGAGAGUUUGCUAGACUUGAACAGAGAAUGCAUUUUAAGUAAUUUAUUUUUUACUUGGUACAUAUAAAAAGAGUCACUGCAUUCUGUCCUCUGCCAUAAAAAUAUAUAUGGACUCAACAUUUUGGAAGUUUCCUUUUCUGCAUUAUUUUUGUUGUAGUUUUUAUUUUUUGUUCCACUCAGACUGCUUGUCCGACCUUCCCACUCUGUCCAUCCACUUCAUCACGGUGUCUGUUAUGCUAGAGAUUCCAUCUUCAUAUGUAUUUGUGAGUGUUCACUGCUGUAAAUCUGUAAUGAUCUGCCGGCAAUGAAUGGGCUGGAGGAUGGCCACUUUCCUUCAUGUUUAAAUAGCGUUUAAAAGAAAGUUCACCUACGAUAAUAUUUAGGCUCAAGCAACUUUAAAUAUUUUCUCCCCUUGAAUGCACAGUUUGACCUUUUCUCAGUGGACUAUCAAAUUGCCACAGCAGGAACCUAUGUACAAAGUUCUGUUUACAUUCUACAUGAAUCAUCACAUGCUAAAAAAAAGUCACCUGUUCCCAGCAACUAAAUCUAAAUUCUUAUCUCAUAUGCUGCCUUGGGGGCAUUUCGACCAGCUUUGUGACCUUAAUGUGGCUCCAGCUGAACACAAAAACAAACAAAAACCAAACCUGCCUAUUUUUGUAUAUGUUGUAAUGGAGCCACAUGUCAUGAAAUAACAUGCCCUGUGGUCUACAGAAGGUGUUGCACUGCAGACACAGAAAGCACUGGAUUGCUCACAGAUGCUUACCUCACUUCAAACAUGUUCAAAGUACUGUAUUUCUACGUGAGUAAUUCAGACUGCAAUCUUCUCUACGCAGUAAAUGGCUUUUUAUACAUUUUCCUUUGUUUGUCAGUGCCUUGGUGGGGUUUUUUUUCAUGUUUUGUUUUUUUUUUUUUUAACAACAAAAUCACUUUGAUAAUCUCAAUUUUUCACCUUUUUUCUAUCGCCUUUGUAAAGUUUAAAUUAGUUUCCAGUCUCCCUUGAAAAUCUUUUUGCAGUGACUUUGUAAGCUGUAAUAUUAAGAAUAAAUCUUUUACCUCUUA